AUGGAAACCCUCAUCCCGUCCGUCACAGCCGAGUAUCGCUGUCCCGUCGAUUAUGUCAUCAGUCGCUGCCAUCAGAGCCGUUCCGUUCCUGUGAUCGGUACCGGUGAUGAGGGUUUCCAACUUGCUUUCCCAGGCAACAAUGGUUCCUGCAGCGGCAUUCCUUGUCAUCGAGUCUCCGUUCCCAGCGCCCACCUAAACUGCCAUCCGCCGUGUACUCCAGCCUCCGAGCCAAAUUGCGGAAUUGUCACAGCUAGCAACGUGGAAAAUAACUAUCUGAACGAUGCAUUGCCGAUACUUGAAGUCGACAGGACACCGGGAUGCACCGACAGUAGCACUAUGGAAGUCCCUAUCCUCCCCGCCGCAGUCGCGCCUUUCCUGCCAGCGCUCAUCAGUCGUCCCGGCCCUGCGUGUGGGUGUAGCGAAAGGGGCUUCCAAAAUUCCCUUCCAGGCAAGCGCACUACCGCCAAUCUUGAUCCUCCCGUUGAUCCGUCUUCCGUUUCUAGCACAUCAUCCAACCGGCUACCGAACAGUACUCGCGACGUCCAGCAAAACAUCCACGUGUACUACCAGAAUGUAGGCGGAAUGAAUGCAAGCGUUCACGACUAUCUGCUAGCAUGUGUCGAUAGUCCAUACGAUAUAAUCGUUUUAACCGAAACCUGGCUUGACGAACGAACCUCCUCCACACAAAUCUUCGGACCGAACUACGAAGUCUUCCGGUGUGACCGAAGUGCGCACAACAGCCGAAAAUCAACGGGCGGCGGCGUUUUAGUAGCGGUUCAUCGUCAACUCAAGGCCUCUGUCUUAGAACACAACGACUGGUUACCUGUUGAGCAAGUUUGGGUGUCUAUAAAUUUAUCCGAUCGCUCUCUAUACCUGUGCGCUGUCUAUUUCCCACCGGAUCGAGUAAGGGACGCCGUACUCCUCAAGGCUCAUAUGGCAUCGGUCUCCACAAUUUCUUCGGCAGCCUCCGCCUCCGAUGAUUUGCUAAUUCUGGGAGAUUUUAACCUCCCCGGGAUUAAUUGGCGUGAUCGCGGCAACGGCUAUCUGUUCGUCGACUUCAGCUCUGUAACUCCUCCCCCGAUCACCACCGAGUUGUUCGACUGCUAUAGUACAGCCACUGUGCAGCAAAUUAACAAAAUCACCAAUGAAAAUGGACGCUGCUUGGAUCUCUGCUUCGCUAGUGUUUGCAGUCAGGCUCCAGAAUGUAUGUUGACGCCUGCUCCACUCGUUAAAGAUGUUCUCCAUCAUCCACCGCUAUUAGUUCCGAUUUAUCAACAUACACCAUGCAAAACGACCGACUCACCGUCGUCUGUCUAUUACGAUUUCAACUGUGCCGAUUUUGAUGCGAUCCAAGGUAUACUAAACAGUAUCGACUGGAACGCAGCCUUGGAAGAGAACAACGUAAAUGCUGCCGCCUUGACCUUCUCGCACAUUUUAAAUUAUAUCAUCGACCGCCACGUACCGAAAAAGACGAUACGCAUAGAGCCGCACAUGCCUUGGAUAAACGCCACGCUACGUCGCCUUAAAUCUGAAAGAAAGGCUGCCUUGAGGAGGUUCUCAAGGUAUAAAACCCAAUAUCUGCGAAACCACUAUCAGGCUCUCAAUAAGCGCUACAAAAAGUUAAGCCGACACUGCUUCCGCAAAUACCUAAACAACGUUGAGCGAAGACUGAAGCGUAACCCCCAGUCGUUCUGGAAAUAUGUUAGUGCACAACGGAAAGACGACGGUCUUCCAUCAGCCAUGUUCCUUGGAAGCGACACUGCGACCAAAUUGGAUAUGGUUUGUCAACUGUUCUCGCGGAAAUUCUCCAGCGUCUUUGUCGAUGAAAGGCUGUCCGAAACAGAAGUAUCGACUGCUCUAGACAGCGUUCCAAAUCUCAGCGACUCUCUCACUAACCUGUCUAUUGAUGAUUCUAUGAUCAAGCAGGCCGCUUUGAAGUUGAAAAACUCAACUUCCAGUGGACCGGAUGGCUCAGCAUCAUGUCCAGGAACGGAUGUAACGUCGCUGUACACAAACAUUCCAAUCGAAGAUGCAUUUGUAUCAAUGAAAGAUGGAACGAAAUUGGGAAACAUACCAACAUCGAUCAAGGCAGCUUCAUAG